AUGACCAGAACUCUGGAUUGCUUUCAGUCUGAAUGCAAAGCUAGAGCAGAGCUGCUGAAAGCUCAGAAAGAACGUGAUUUUCAUCGAAUGCAUCACAAACGAACAGUCCAAGAAAAAAACAAAUUAAUUAAUGACCUCAAAGGGUUGAAGUUACAUUAUGCAUCGUAUGAACCAACUAUAAGGGUUUUACAUGAGAAGCACCACACUUUACUGAAGCAGAAAAUGCUGACCUCCCUGCAAAGAGACAGAGAAAUGAGGCAGGGUUCUACAGUUCAAGCAACAUUGAUGGUUCUAGAACCACAAUGUAGUAACUCAACUCAAGAAAUUGAAGCUAUUCCUAGUUGUGAGAAGGCAAAUGAAUCAGAAAGUCCUGCUCUGAAUGAUCUUCAUGAAACCAGGGAACAAGACAAAUAUAAAAAAAAGAUGAAAAAGAAAAAGGAUUCAAAAUUUCCUACAGAUAUGCAACGACUUCCAAACCUGUACUUACAUAAAGAAAAUAAUCCAGCAAAAUUUGACUACAAGCUGAAUAACAUAUUUCGACUUCAUAGCCUUCCAGUGAGCUGGUAGGAUUCUUGAUGUUUUAUUAACGACUGUGAGAUUUUAUUGUCAUGUCAAAAUUGUGGUGCUCUUACUGCCAUUCAUGGUCGAAGUGGUUUGCUCUUAGCCUGUUUCCAAAUUGCCUAUCGUAACAGAGAAAGAAUCUGCUCAUAGCUGCUGCAAGAAUCUUAAAACUAAUUGGUCUAGGCAGUCAGUGGCGGUACAAAGUGUUCUAUUGUGCUUAUUGUAGAGCUUGCAGUUCUGGCUUAAAAUAAAGCACCCAUCGUUUUU